UUAAGGCGGUCCACAGACAGCAGAGACCUACCACGUUUUGUUUAAUGCACAUCCAUAGAGGCUGAACUAGUAGCGAAGCGUACAGUAGCAUUUUACUAGUCGACUGGUGUUUUACAUUCCGUCUGCUGGACGUGCUUAAAGCCAUGGCCGAACCGAUACGUGCUUUGUGCGAUGAGCUUAUAAAGGCUGUGAAUGUGAUGAUGGAGGCAGAAUCCAGUCAGACAUACCGCCUGGAGGCCCUUAAGUUUAUUGAAGAUUUCAAAGAGAAAAGCCCCUUCUGCGUUGAAUGUGGACUUCAGUUAGCGGAGAAAUCACAGACGGCAGUGGUCAGACACUUUGGGCUGCAGAUACUGGAGCAUGUAGUUAAGUUUCAGUGGAAUAACAUGGCACCACAAGAAAAGCUCCGGCUGAAGAACUGCACUAUGGGCCUGUUGUCAGAUGGUACACAUCCCAUUCUGCAAGAGGAAUGUCAUGUUAAGGAUGCGCUCUCACGCAUAGUAGUUGAGAUGAUCAAGCGAGAGUGGCCGCAGCACUGGCCCGACAUGCUGAAGGAGAUGGAGGCCCUGGCUGCUAUGGGGGAUGCUCAGACAGAACUCGUAAUGCUUGUCCUGCUGCGGUUAGCUGAGGACGUGAUCACAUUUCAGACAUUACCCACUCAAAGACGGAGAGAUAUCCAGCACACCCUUACGCAGAAUAUGGACAGCAUCUUCACCUUCCUGCUUGGCAUUCUGCAACUUCAUGUGAAUGAGUACAACAAGUUGAAAUGUGUUGCUGGUCUGGAAUUGAAGACAAAAGCUCACUGGCGAGUUGGUGUGGCCACUCUCAACACUCUGGCUGGCUACAUUGAUUGGGUUGCUCUGAGCCACAUCACCAAUGAAAACUGCCGUCUUUUGGAGAUCUUGUGCCUGUUGCUUAGCGAACCCGAACUUCAGUUGGAGGCUGCAGAGUGUCUGCUAAUUGCCAUUAGUAGGAAAGGAAAGUUAGAGGAGAGAAAGCCAUUUAUGUUGCUCUUUGAUGAAGUCGCCAUGAACUAUAUCCUGUCUGCUGCACAGUCGGCAGACGGUGCAGCUCUGUGUAACCAAUCAUCGGGUGCCGUCGUGGAAAGAAGAUACACCUUUUUGAAGAGGCUGUGUCAGGUUCUCUGUGCCCUGGGUAGCCAAAUCUGCUCUCUAGUGGGUUCAGAUGUUGAAGUACAAGUUCCUGUUAACCUGAAUAAAUACAUGGAAGCUCUUCUUGCUUUCACUACUCAUCCCAGCCAGUUUUUGAGGUCUUCCACGCAAAUGACCUGGGGAAACUUAUUCCGACAUGAAGUUUUAUCGAAGGAUCCUGUAAUUUGCCAAAUGACCAUCAAAUAUUUAAGAUCAGCAAGGAUCAAUCUUGUGAAAACUGGAUUUCCCUCCAAGAAUGAUUGUCCAGGUUGUGAAUUCUCCAGAGUGGACUUUGAUAGUGAUGAAGAUUUCAACUGCUGCUUUAAUUCUUUCAGGGCUCAUCAGGGGGAAGCAGUUCGUCAGGCUUGUAAAAUUGUCCCGUUCGAGGCUUUUCAAAUUGCAAGGGAGUGGGCGCAGUAUCAGAUCAACACACCUAUAGAUACUGGGAAUACAACACCGGUUCAGUGGGAUGCCAUGACUUUCUUCACUGAAAGUGUAUUUGGACAGCUCUUCAAAAUCCUCGAAAAAGAGAAGCUUCCCAUAGAUGAGGGCAUGGAGCUGCUGCAGAUGGUUGUAAACUAUGAGACAAGAGAUCCUCUCAUUCUGUCCUGUGUUCUUACCAUCAUAUCCACUCUCUUUCCCUUCGUCAAACACCAACCUCAGUUCCUGCCUCAAGUACUCUAUAAGAUAUUCCCUGCCAUCACUUUUGAAUUGGUUGAAGAACGCAAGGCACCUCGAACGCGAGCUGUAAAGAACGUCAGAAGACAUGCCUGUUCUUCCAUCAUUAGGAUGUGUCGAGAUUAUUCAGACCUUAUUCUGCCAUGCUUCGACAUGAUGUAUGAGCAUGUGAAGAGGUUGUUCUCAAAUGAGAUGCUGCUGACACAGAUGGAGAAGUGUGCUCUUAUAGAAGCCCUGAUACUGAUCAGCAAUCAGUUUAAAGACUAUAACAAGCAGAAAGCUUUCCUGGAGGAACUCAUGGCACCUGUUACUGCCCAGUGGCUGUCAGAGGAGAUGAGGAGCGUGUUAUGGGAUCCUGCUACCUUCUUGGCAUAUGUUGGUGCUGAUCAGGUGGUCAGUGACCCUGACAAAGAGGACCAGAUGGGUAUCAACAGGUCACGGAUUAGUUUGUGUGUAUACACCAUACUUGGCGUUGUGAAGCGUGCUCGUUGGCCUGCUGAUCCUGAGGAGGCAAAAGCAGGCGGCUUUGUGAUCAGCACUACCUCUGAUGGGACCCCCAUCUACAGAAACCCUUGUGCAGAGCCUGUGCAGGCCCUUCUGCCCAACCUUUUGGCCCUCAUCAGGACCCACAACAGCUUGUUCUUGCCAGAGAACGUCAACCGGCUUAGCAAGACCUUUACUAGAGUCUAUGAUAUUAUGGAUAUGGAUAAGAAUUCCGUUUUAGGAAUUCCUCAACAAGUUUUAGAUUCCUACGACUCCCCAGUGUACAGAAACAUUGAUGAGCGCAUGCAAGGCUUCUUCUCCUCACUCUACGAAAACUGUUACCAACUGCUUGGGAAUACUGGUCCCUGCUUGCAACAAGACUUUUAUGCUAUAGAGGGCUUGGCAGAGCAGAUUGUUGGUUCGGCCUUCAUCCAUCUAGACAGUGUUCCAGACCACAGGCUCCGUCCCCUAGUCCGUCUCUUCAUGAAGCAGCUGGUCUUGUCCUGUCCUCGUGAGUACUAUGACAGCCUCCUCUGUCCCUUGCUGGGUCCAUUAUUUGCCUAUCUACAGCAGAGACUGAGCUUUCGGUGGCAGAUCAUCAACCAAAGGACCAGUCUGAGUGCUCAGGAGGAGGAGGAGGCCUAUGAGGAGAACCAUGUGACUCAGGAAAUGGUGGAGGAGCAGCUGUUGCGGUUGGUCACGCGAGAGGUCAUUGACCUUCUAAGUGUGACUUGCAUUACAAGAAAAUGUCCAGAGUUAUCUGCAAACAAAGAGGAUGCAGAUGGAGAUGAGGAGAUGGUGUCAAUGGAUUCCUCACAGGGCAUUCAAAUAAAUACACCUACAGAUGAGCUCUCAGAAUUGGGCAAGUGCCUUCUCCGAAGUGAGGAUAUUUAUAUGAACCUCCUGACUAUAUGUUUUAACUCCCUUUCCUGGAAGGACACUGUAAAUUGUCAACGGACUGCUGGUUUGCUCUGCUGGACUUUACUAAAACAGGUGCUUGGUGGUAACCUGCUUCCGGAGGCUGUGACGUGGCUCUUCGCCAGUGUACUGAAGGGUCUGCAGAUGCAUGGGCAACACGAAGGCUGCAAUGCUGCACUAACUCAUCUGGCCUUGCUCAUCUACGAGGCUCUAAGGCCUCGAUACGCUGAGCUGCGUCUCAUCAUGAAUCAGAUCCCUGAUAUCCAAGUUGAUGCCCUGGAGCAGUUUGAUCAGAAGGCCAUCCAACCCGCUGUAUCAAAGGCAGGAGAGAAGAAAAAGAAAGAGCAGUUUAAACGUCUCAUUGCAGGCACUGUUGGGAAACCCCUAGGACAGCAGUUCAAGAAGGAAGUACACAUCCGCAACCUUCCAUCUCUGUUUAAGAAGCCAAAGCCUACGAAAGAUAUGCUGGAGAACACUGAUGAUGCAGGUCUGAUCGCUCUAUUCUCUCCUGACCGUGACCAUUGCUGAGGGAACCACAGCUUUACCACACCCUCACUUCAUUGAGCCUCUUGUGUGUAGUACAGUAUCCGGUCUGAAAGGCCUUUUUAAGGCA